AUGGAUAGUGGACUAAGCAGCUUGGUCGAUGCGGAGGAGAAGUGGAACAACAGGAACAACAAGGCUCAGGAGCCAAGGAAGACUAAACUCUUGGAUUUGAAAGAAGUAAUUGGCCCCGCCAAAUUUGUGGACACAGUCGCCAUUCGUCGCCAGAAGGUCAUCGAGGACGCUCAGAGACAAAAUAGGCUGGCGCCCAACCUUGCCGCGCUGCACGCUCAAAUCUUGAAGUGGGAUGUCUCUUCUGCUGGCGAUCGACCACCUGGUGACAGGGAGUAUACGACCAUUCCAUCAAGAUUCAACUCUGUCAACGACUACAUCAAGGCGUUCGAACCUCUGCUGGUACUCGAGUGUUGGCAGCAGCUCAUGGGUGCGCGAGAGGAGGCCAACCAGUCGUCCGAUUCAGUCCUGGCCCAGUUUAUCAACCGUGUCUCCAUCGACAACUUUCAGGACAUACACAUGAAGAUCCCGCUGGAUAGAGCAAGUAGCUUAAUGGUCGAGGAUGUUGUCGUGGUUUCGGACCCCGUUAUCAAGGAUGUGUUUAGUGCGACAGGGAAUGCUGCAAGAGCCAAGCCAUUUUUCGCCAAAGUUCAGUCCAUCACAAAGGCCAAGGGCGAAUGCGAGGUGAUCUUCCGAACGUAUUUGAAAAUCGAAGAAUCGAGCCCACUCAUGUUUAUGCGCCCAAAGACGACUUGGUCCGUGCUCAAGAUGCUGAACUUAACUACGACGCACCGCGAGUACGCCGCUCUGGCCGCCAUGCGAUACUAUGAGCUCUGCAACGACAUUCUUAAUCCACCCAACACACCAGUCAAGAAGCCCUCACUCGAGAACACCCAGAAGGUUAUGGACAUUUACCAGGUCAACACUCCACAAGCCCAGGCAAUUGUCGCAGCAAUUGAAAAACCAAUAGGAUUUACGUUGAUUCAAGGUCCCCCUGGUACAGGAAAGACGAAGACGAUUCUCGGAUUAGUUGGAGCGCUUCUAGCCGACGGCUCUCGCCAGCGUGCAGCACCUGUUGUUCAAUCGUCGCGAGUAUCGGAGCGUCCUUUACAGACCGGCACCGUUAGCCGCAUUCUCGUCUGUGCUCCUUCGAAUGCAGCCAUUGACGAAAUUGUAAAGCGACUGAAGGGUGGUAUUCGGAAUACCGUUGGGCAGAUUUACAUACCUAAAGUCGUGCGCGUUGGAACACUCGAGACCGUCAAUGCCGAAGUGAGGGAUGUGGCGCUGGAUACGCUCAUUGCAAAAGAACUAGAAUCAAGCAGUUCUUCGAAGGAAGAGUUUCAAUCUGUUUCCCAGUCAUUGGUUUCGAUGCGCGAGAAGAUGCGGCAGCUGCAACAGGACCUCGAAAAGGCGCGAUUGGAGCUAGUGCAGGCCAAAGAUGCCAGUGACCCUAUGUCGAUCACCAAUGCACAGUCCAAGGUCAAGGCGAUCAACAAGUCGAAAUGGCAGCUAGGUCAGGAACUAGAUAGUGCCCGCUCCAACCAACAAGAGGCUUCACAAAAGAAGGAUCAGGCAAGGAAGGACGCACGAAACAAGAUUCUGGGCGAAGCGGAUGUCAUUUGCUCGACCCUGAGUGCCAGUGGCCACGAUCUGCUCACGACGUCGGUUUUCACCUUUGAGAGUGUUAUUAUCGAUGAGGCAGCCCAAUCAGUCGAAAUCAGCUCAUUGAUCCCGUUGAAAUAUGGCUGCAAGCGGUGUAUCUUGGUCGGAGACCCUAACCAGCUUCCGCCCACAGUGAUAUCCCAAUUGGCAGCUCAGUACGCGUAUAAUCAAAGUCUUUUCGUCCGCAUCCAGAGACUCGCACCGACUUCGGUUCACUUGCUCAGUAUCCAGUAUCGUAUGCAUCCCGACAUCAGUAUAUUCCCCUCACGAGAAUUUUACAAGGCACUUCUGAAGGACGGUCCUGACAUGGAAAUCAAAACCAAGGCAGAGUGGCAUCGCAACCCAAUUACCCCCCCAUACCGCUUCUUUGACGUAUAUGCAGGUCGAGAAGAGAUCGGAUUGUCUCAUUCUCAGCACAACCCUAUCGAGGCUGAAGCCGCCGUCGCGCUUUUGGAGGGGCUCUGCAACGGCAAUCCAACGCUGAACUUUUUUAGACGAGUCGGUGUUAUUUCGCCAUACAAGCAGCAAGUUCGGACAUUGAAAGAGUAUUUCCAGAGGGUGUUCGACAAGGGCAUUCUUGAAGCAGUUGAUUUCAACACAGUUGACGGUUUCCAGGGUCAAGAAAAGGACAUCAUCAUCUUCUCAUGUGUCCGUGCUUCUGCAAGGGGGUCAGUAGGGUUUUUGGCUGAUAUCAGGCGCAUGAACGUCGCAUUAACGCGUGCGCGUCAGUCCCUGUUCAUCCUGGGACAUGCUAAUACUCUACGGCGUGAAGAGAUUUGGGGUGAUCUUGUGAGGGAUGCCGAAGACCGCGGGUUGUUCACCAGGGUAUGUGCUGUUAGUUGA